UUGUUGUCAUGGAUGGUGUUCGAUUGGAACGUAUUCUAAAAAUAUAAAAAUGGUUUAUUAAAAUCUCACAGAAAAUGUAAAUUGAAUUACUAACAUGAAUGCUAACAUCAUAACAAGAUUACCCGUGCAGUUGUUGGUCUCAUGACCAUUGAAGUCACAUCACAGGCAUUCUGUAAAACGCGAUGGGCGACGUUGUCAGCUUAUUUUCUGUGAUAAUCAUGAAAUUUAAAUCAAAGUUUAACCAGAGCAAGCUCUAUUUUCAUUGUGAUUUGCAAUGGGAUAAGCUGAAGUCGGUGAAAUGGAUGAAUGAGAGGGCUACGUCUAAUAAGGCGUACGUUCCAACAAAGGUCGAAAACGUCGCGAACGUAUGCACGCACGCACUAUGCGUAGCGCCCGCAUCGCUCGGUGCGCGCGAGCUGCUGACCCGCUCGGUGAACGCGCCGCAAGCCAUAGCCGCCGUGGUCUACGGCUUGGCACUCUGUCUUCUGUUUGCCGUCUCCACUACCUUCCAUUCCGUGUGCUGCUGUAAAUCUGAGACCAAAAUGAAGCACUUCCUCCACCGAUGCGAUCGUGCGAUGAUCUACAUCUUCAUCGCGAGCUCCUACUUCCCUUGGCUGACCGUCGGCAGUCUAUCGUGCUGGAUGCUGCGAGAGCUGAGAUGGGCGAUCUGGCUGCUAGCAGUCCUGGGCAUCACGUACCAACAGAUCUUCCACGAGCGGUACAAGAUGUUGGAACUAUUGCUCUACAUGAUAAUGGGGCUGGGGCCCGCGGUCAUCAUUGUCACGUCGAAUCACCACAUCCCAGCGAUGCACGAUCUCAAAAUCGGCGGGUUUCUGUACCUGAUAGGAGUUUUCUUCUUCAAGUCCGACGGCCGGAUCCCCUUCGCCCACGCGAUAUGGCACCUAUUCGUGGCGUUGGCUGCCAGCGUCCACUACCUUGCCAUACUCCGCCAUCUGUUCCCGGAACUCAAAACGCAUUGAAGACUGCCCGGUAGGCACGGAGCUGGUGAACGAUUUUGUAAAGUGAUUUAUACAGGUCCAUUUUUUGUACAAAAUGAAUUGUUAUGCAUACUACAGAAUGUAGUUCGCAUAAAAAUUCAUUUCAUUUUAGAUUACAUUUCAUUUCACAGUGGAAAAGGAUAGCAUUUUUAGACCGGCCAAUUUAGUGAGGAGAUUGUGCAAAACAAAAAUAACCACGCUAUUAAUAAUCUGAUGCGGUCAAUCAGCUCCUUAUUAACCAACUUAUUUUUCAUUUUUUAUUUAACAUAAUAUAUACAAAGACACUAGGUAAAAAAACGUUACCAUCUAAUGCAUUGUUAUUUAUUUAUUUACCAAGCGUAUAAAACAUUUCACUAAUAUUAUACAUUUAUAAAAUAGUAUAUGAAUACUAGAUGUUUCAAGAUCGUGGUCGAUGUCUAAUUGGUGCGAAAUACGAACACAGAUUUUCCAAAGUUUCAUAGGAUUGGACAAUUUCAUCGAGCGUAGCUAGAACAAAAAUCUCUCUCAAAAAGCCCAACUAGUAUUUAAUGUAUAAAAUAUAAUAUUACCUAUAGUAUAUUUGAACUUAUACAAACAUUCUUAACAUAUCGUUCACCCACUCUUGGACCAAUACGUAUUUAAUCUCGAUUAGUGAGCUCUCUAAGCUAUUUUUGUUUACUCGGUAACAAAGGCCACUGAAUGUAAUGAACGGCACGCGAAAUGUCAGAUGUCAAUUGGAGACACCCUGACGAUAUGUCUUCGACCUGAGCGCUAAGGGAAUGCAUUAGAGAGAUUAGGAACUAUACAUUGAUCACUUUAUAUUUUAUUAAUGGAUGAGAACGAGUGCGGGGGGUACCAAAAUUCUAUUUCUUAACGUCUUGACAGCUCACAAAAAAUAUUUGAUAUAUUAAGUAAGGGAUGAUACAAAAUCCGAAAAAUGAAAAUAGUAAAAUUUACGCUAGACAAUCUAAGAAACAAACUUAUGAAUACUCUUAAGGGGUAUAGUUUAAUCAAUGUAUGGUUCUCAAGGAAUUAUUGAAUUUCAUAGUGUUCCAUAGUGUUUUGGGAAAAAACUAAUGCGUUCUGCUUCUGACCAAUUUUCGGUUAUGAGUAAGUAGUUUUAAUGUAAAAAAAAAUAUUAGGCUUACAAAAUCACUACUUCCCAC